AUGGAUGAAAGGUUCAACAAGUGGCUGCUGACGCCGGUGCUCACUCUUCUCUUCGUGGUCAUCAUGUACCAGUACGUGUCCCCCUCCUGCACCAGCUCCUGCGCCAACUUCGGGGAGCAGCCCCGCGCCGGGGAGGCCGGCCAGCCUGCCGCCCCGGGUCCCGCCCGCCCGGCACAGGCGCCGCUCGAGGACUGGGAGCGACGGCCCCAGCUGCCCCCGCCACCCCGGGGGCCGCCCGAGGGGCCUCGGGGGGCCGCGGCGCCGGAGGACGAGGACGAGGAGCCGGGGGACCCGGAGGAGGAGGAGGAGGCGGAGGAGGAGGAAGAAGAGCCGGACCCCGAGGCCCCCGAGAACGGAUCGCUGCCCCGGUUCGUGCCGCGCUUCAACUUCACCCUGAAGGACCUGACCCGCUUCGUGGAUUUCAACAUCAAGGGGCGCGACGUGAUCGUGUUCCUGCACAUCCAGAAGACCGGGGGCACCACGUUCGGGCGGCACCUGGUGAAGAACAUCCGGCUGGAGCAGCCGUGCAGCUGCAAAGCCGGCCAGAAGAAGUGCACCUGCCACCGGCCCGGCAAGAAGGAGACGUGGCUCUUCUCCCGCUUCUCCACCGGCUGGAGCUGCGGGCUGCACGCCGACUGGACGGAGCUCACCAACUGUGUGCCGGCCAUCAUGGAGAAGAAGGACUGUCCCCGCAACCACAGCCAUACCAGGAAUUUCUAUUACAUCACCAUGUUGCGGGAUCCGGUGUCCCGGUACCUGAGCGAGUGGAAACACGUCCAGAGAGGGGCCACGUGGAAAACCUCCCUCCACAUGUGCGAUGGGAGGAGCCCCACCCCCAAUGAGCUGCCUACCUGCUACCCCGGGGACGACUGGUCUGGGGUCAGCCUACGGGAAUUCAUGGAUUGCACCUACAACCUGGCUAGCAACCGCCAGGUGCGCAUGCUGGCCGACCUCAGCCUGGUGGGCUGCUACAACUUGACUUUCAUGAACGAGAGCGAGCGGAACGCCAUCCUGCUGCAGAGCGCCAAGGGCAACCUGAAGAACAUGGCCUUCUUCGGGCUCACGGAGUUCCAGCGGAAGACGCAGUUUCUCUUUGAGAGGACAUUCAACCUCAAGUUCAUCUCCCCCUUCACGCAGUUCAACGUCACGCGGGCUUCCAACGUGGAGAUCAACGAGGGCGCCCGCCAGCGCAUCGAGGAGCUCAACUUCUUGGACGUGCAGCUCUACGCGUACGCGAAGGAUCUCUUCCAGCAGCGCUACCACCGUACCAAGCAGCUGGAGCGCCGGAGGGACCGGCUAAAGAGGCGCGAGAAGCGGCGGCUGCAGCGGGAGCACAGGGGCCACCGUCCCGGCCACAGACAGGACGGGAGCCCGGAGCGGGCGGUCACGGAGGACUACACCAGCCAGGUGGUGAGAUGGUGACCCCCUGCCCUCCCCUCCUCUCCGCGGGAGGGGGCGCCCUGCCCGGCCUUGGAGAAUGUGGGACCCUGCCGAGGACGGCUGGCUGGCUGUAGGCGGCCUGCUUGGGACCCCUGCUUCCGCUUUGUCUUCACCUUUAUCCAGCUGGAUGAUCCGUCUUGUUCUUUUUCUCCUGACAUUUUUCGAUCUGUGAUAUGAAGUAGGGUAGGAAUGCAUCCAGUAAUAGACCACUUUAGAAGGUCAAGGGGAGAAGCACCAAAAAGGAAGGAGUCCUUGGGAUCUUUUUUGCAGCAGCAGCAGCAUAGGUUAUAGUUUGGGCAACUGGAACCCACCAGGGCACACAUGAAAAGCCAAAUCAUGGCUUGGAUGUUCUGCUGAAACUGAUCUGUUCAUACUGCCUCUUUAAUGGAAAUACUGCUGUUUAAAGAGAGAGGAAGAGAGGGCUUUUUCAACCUUUAGAUGAGGUUUAACGCCAACUCUCUCUUGGCUGUUGGCUGUCAUCUUUGAACUCUAUUUGAAUGUGGGUUCAA